GGCCUGGGUGUGGGCGGCGCGGGCCGCCUGCCUCUCGACUUCCGCAACGGCGACCUGGUGUCGCGCCUGCUGGCCGCCACGCCGCCCUACCUCUACAACAUGCCGCUCGUGCCGCACUCAUUCUUCUUCAGCGAGAUGCUGCGCAGUUUCGUGCAGGCCAAGGCGGCCGACGUGGGCGGCGGAGGGGGCGGCGGCGGCGGGGGCGGCGGCGGCGGUAUGGGCGCCGGACCGGGAGCGGGCUCGCGGUCGGCCGCUGCUGCUGCCGCUGCUGCUGCCGCGGCUGCAGCGGCCAUGUCGCCCCAGCACCAGCAGGCGCCCAGCAGGCGCAGCCGCAAGCGGUCGUGGCGAGAGAGCAAGAUGCUGUCGGUGCCGCCCCCGCCGCCCCCGGCUCCGCCGCUGGACAAGCCGCUGGAGCUGACGACGACGUCGCGGCCGCCGCCCUCGCACGGCGCCUGCUCGCCGCGCGACGAGAAGCCGCCACCGCCGUCUCUGUCGCCCGCGCUGCCGCCCCCGCCGCCCCCGCAGCUGAUGCUACCGCCGCCGCUGCUGCCGCCCCCACCGUCCUCGCACGACUCCUCGCCCACGCUGCCUCCGCCGCCCGACAUGCUGCUGCCUCCGCCACCUCCUAUCUGGUACCCGCCGUUGUACCCGCUGGCGCCACCGCAGCAUCACCACGCUCCGCCGCCGCCAUACGGAAUCGAUCCUCUGCACUUCUUCAUCGACCUGCGCGUCUCCGGACACAUAUGGGACAGAAAGGCAGGCGGCCAGGGCUCUGCCGGCGCCAAGGAGGAAGCGCUGUGCGGCGGCGGCGACGACAAGGCGGCGGGCGUGGCGUCGCAGCGGCCCGCCUCCGUGGGGCUGGUCAAGCACACAAAGCACUGCUCGGCCUUCAGCGUGCCGCAGCCGCAGCCGCAGGCCCAGCUGCAGAGGGCGUCGCCGCCCUGCCCCGCCAGGCACUCGCGGCGAGGGCCCCACUACCUGCUGCACAACCUGGCGCGCAUCUACAAGGACGUGCGCGGCCAGGCGGCGGCGUGCUCGUCGCCGAUGCGGGAGGCCGCUUCCCCGCUGUCGUCUUCGACGUCGGCGUCGGCGUCGGCCUCCGCGUGCACCGCCUCCGGCGCGGGGGUGGGCUGUGACGGCGGCGGCGGCGACACCGGCAGCACCGGCGGCGACUCGGAGGAGUCCAGCUCCGGGGGCGGCAGCGGGGGCGGCAAGGCCUCCUGCAAGGACCUGCGCGCGCUCAUCGGACUCGAGCUGGUGGUGGACUACGUGAAGCACGAGCACGGCGGGCGGCGCCGCGGGGGCGACGACGGCCCCGCCCCCGCGCCCGCCGGGGCCGGAGGCGGCGGGUCGCGCACCUCCUCCCCCGCGGCCACCGCCGCCGCCCCCGCCGAUAGUAACGGCAGCGUCGUCGCCACCGCCACUCCCAAACUGGAGCCGCAGCAGACGGACUCCCUGUGA